AUGGGAUCAAUUACUCCUGUUCAGCGAACUUUGUUACGCAUUACCGAUGAUAUAGCUUUCAGUGACCCUGACCGGCUAUAUUGUGUUCAGACAGUCUCACCCGAUAUCUCGCAGGGAUGGAAAGACAUUACCUUUUCUGGCCUUGUAGCUGCCGCUAAUCGCAUGGCUCUCUGGAUUGAAGAAAAUGUGGCACCUUCUAGUAAACCAGAAACUUUGGCCUAUGUUGCUACCAAUGACGUUCGAUAUGUCGCGUUCAUUAUAGCGUGCAUGAGACUGCGGCACACUGCACUGCUUCUAUCUACGAGAAACUCUGAGCAAGCAUCUCGUCACGUAAUGAGCGCAACCGGCUGUACUAAAAUUGUCUAUUCUCCGGAACGAAGCCGACAGAUAAGCGAGCUUCAGAUCGCCGAUGUUUCACUUGAAGCUUGGGAAGCCCCGACUUUAUGGGAGGUAUUCGAUGACAGCUCCCCAAGUCCUGUCAUCCAGGAACCAGCCGAGGACCAUGAAGAUCGGGUGGCAAUCUACAUCCAUAGCUCUGGAACAACAGGAAUGCCAAAGCCAGUCCCAAUGACCAACGGCUAUCUUAUUGCCAUGGACGGACUUGGCUGUCUUCCAGUCCCGGAAAACAGAUCACCUAGUGUGACCUUCUCUGCCAUGCGAGGCGUAAGCGAAAUUGCUAUGAGCCCCUUCUUUCAUCUCAUUGGUAUUAUGUAUAUAACCUCGCCGAUGUUCUUCUCCACGCCCUUUAUUUUAAGCCCGGACAAGCCCAUGACGGCAGAACUGCUGGCCCAGAUCAUCGAAGACAAAAAGCCUUCCGUUGGCAUAUUCCCUCCCUCUAUUCUAGAGGACCUUGUCGGGUCAGAUCUGGGAGUCAGGUGCUUGAAAACCUUUGACUGGAUUGCCUACGGUGGCGCACCUUUGGCCCCGGAAGUUGGAGACCGCAUCAUCGAAUGGACACACUUGCAGACAGUACUGGGAACAAGUGAAACUGGAAUUCUUGGAUCGUUAAAAACCAAAGACAGAAAAGACUGGGCAUAUUUUGAGUGGAAUCCCAAUGCCGGGCUAGAUAUGCGCGAUGCCGGUGAUGGCCUUUUCGAGCUUGUCAUCCCCCGUGCAAAGAAUCGUGAUGCCCAGUGCAUCUUCCACACCUACCCCGACAAGACCGAGUACCGAACCGGUGACUUGUUUGCUCCUCACCCCGAGAAAGAUUAUCUGUGGCUCUACUCCGGUCGCAAGGAUGAUAUCAUCGUUCUUAGCAAUGGAGAGAAAUUCAAUCCAACUACUAUGGAGGAAAUCAUUACUGGGCAUCCCCUUGUCGCUCGAUCUGUGGUGAUUGGUCAAGGCCGCUUUCAGUCUUCAGUUUUGGUUGAACCCCACUGGGACACAUGGAAUGGCGACACAGAUGAAUUGAUCAAGGAGAUAUGGCCUGUUGUCAAGAAGGCCAACGAAGCUGCUCCUGGACAUGCGCAAUUGAUGAGAAAUCGCGUCGGCGUUUCGACUCAAUCCAAGCCAUUUGAGCUCACACCAAAAGGAACUAUCAAAAGACGCUCCGUUCUGGCCGAUUAUGAAGAGGAGAUCAACAGGCUUUAUGCCAAUGGCGACCAGGCUGAUAUUGCACAGCUUACCAAAGAUGCCACUCAGCCAGAGGUCGCUUCGUAUAUCACAUCAGCUCUCUCGGACAUAUUGGAUAUCCCUACUGUUGAUGAGAAUGCAGACGUCUUUGCAUUGGGCCUUGAUUCCCUCCAGACACUCCGUCUAGGGCAGAUCCUUCAAGCAUCUCUUCGGACUGCACGUCCCGACCUGGGUGCUGCCUUCGGCAGUCCACAGCUUUACUCCCGACCGACAGUUGCUCAGCUCACGGGAUAUAUCUCUGAUCUUCUUCAAGGUCAAGGUUCAGCUCCCGCUGAGGUUGCCGAGGAAAGCGACAGCGAGCGGGAAGCAAGGAUUGCGGACCUGGUCGGAAAAUACACCGAUGAUCUCGGAGAAAGCCAUGCAGUCAUUCUCACUGGCUCUACUGGCUCACUUGGGGCCUAUUUGCUAGCUGAGCUUCUUCGUGAUCUCAGUGUUACCAAGAUCUACUGCCUCAACCGAUCUGCAGAUGCGGCUGCAAGACAGCUGUCGAGCCUGCAAGAGAAAGGUCUCGCCUACUUUAAGCAGUUUCCGCGUCGAGUAGAGUUUCUCCAAGCUCAGUUUGGGGCCGAACGACUUGGUCUGGAGGAUUCCAAAUAUGACGAGCUUUUGCAGAGCGUUGACACAGUCAUCCACAAUGCAUGGAAGGUCAACUUCAAUCACAGAGUGGAGGCCUUUGAGCAAACCCAUAUCGAGGGAGUGCGUCGGCUAGUCGAAUUCAGUAUUGCCAGCGAUCGAAAUGCCCAUAUUCAUUUCAUAUCGUCCAUCUCCACUAUUGAGGGAUAUAGUCCUGAGCGUGGGCCAUCCAUUCCUGAGGUGAUCUACAAUGAUCCCAGUUCGGCUCUUCGCCAGGGAUACGGAGAGUCAAAACAUGUGUCUGAGAGAAUCUGCGCAGCCGCCUCUGCCCGAGCUGGCGUUCCUACCAGUAUUCAUCGCGUGGGACAGAUUGGUGGUCCAACAACCGAGAAGGGAAUGUGGAAUAAGCAAGAAUGGCUCCCGUCAUUGGUUGCAACGUCUAAAACCCUUAAGCAGAUUCCGAAGUCUUUGGGAUCGAUUACUGUGCAGUGGGUCCCAGUGGAUAUCACUGCUAAGGUGAUUGUCGAGACAGUUCGGACCCGACGAACUACACAAGAGGAUGAGCCGUGUGCUGCGUUCCACAUCGUUAACCCCAGAGUAACGGAAUGGCCAUCGUUGAUCCCUGCCAUGACGAAGUACUUUGAUGCUGAGCCUGUCGAUUUCCCAACAUGGAUUGAAUCUUUAGAAAGCUUCACCAAUCCUACUGAGGAUGACCUUAAGGAUAAGCCCGCUCUUAAGAUCUUGGACUUCUUCCAGGCCUUUGCAGCGGUUGAGGAGGCAGGUCCAUGGACCGAGACAACGAAGACACAGACCGCCAGUAAGUCUUUGCGAGAGCUGAAGGCCAUUGAUGCUCCAUUGAUGGAGAACUGGAUGAAUCAAUGGAAAUUUUGA